AUGGAGAAGCUCGUCGAGCAGGUGGACGGUGUCGUGGUCUCCAGCCUGCAGAGGCAGCUGGGGAAGGCGAAGUGGGCAGCGCGUCGCGAGGAGGACGCCGAGGUGCGCAAACAGUUGAUGGCGGAGGCAUUCGAGGCGCUCGAGAAGGGCUCCGCCAACGGUGGCCUGGACGCCAUCACCGCGCCGCAGCUGCGCUCGGAGCUGCUGGUGAUGCGGUCACGCCAGCUGAUCAAGAGCCAGCCAGAGGCGGCCCUCAGCGACGCCAGGGAGGCCCGCGAGCUGAAGCCCAGCUGGGGGCAGGCCAGGCUGGCGCUGUGUGGCGCGCUGGAGGCCGGCGGCCUGUUCACCGACGCCCUCGCCGAGCUGAAGGAGGCGCAGCGGCUGGGCGGGUCCGUGGACGCGGGGUCGCUCAGGCGGCAGAUGAUUCGGCUGGAGCGCAAGGCUGCCACCGAGGUCAGAGCGUCGCCGCCGACCGCGCCGAGGGAGGCUGCUGCCGCGCCGGAGGCGCCCGCCGCGCGGCCGGAGCCCUCUGCCGCGGGCGCGGCGACGCCCCCGGGCGCCGCUGCCGGUGCCGCCCCGCCUGCCGCGGCCCCGUGCGAGGAGCUGCCCGAGCUCCUCGAGUGGGAGAUCGAUGGCAUCGCCAGGCUCAGCCACGACUGCAUAGAGGUGCGGCUGCACUGUCAGGAUCAGGCGCUGCUCGCACGGCAGUGCGUGGAUCACGCGCCGACGGACACCUGGCACGUGGACCUUCUAGCCGAGGGGGGUCAGCUGCAGGAGCAGGUCCGUCGGUCCUACACGCCUGUGAGCACCGGGAAGGACUACAUCGACGGAACGUUGGUGUUGAUGCUGAAAGUCUACCCUAAGGGUAAGAUGAGCAGGCAUUUGGCCUCAUUGAGACCUGCUUCGACCGUGCUGGUGUCCGCCCCACAUCCGACAAUCGACGUAGAGCCUUUCUCGAAGGGGAUGCUCAUGAUAGCUGGCGGGAGCGCUGUGACCGUCGGGAUCCAAGCAGGGAUCGAGGGAUCGAGGGGCCUCCUGCUUCUCAUUCCCCCCCCUCGCUUGCCGCCGGUCCUCUGCAACCACACCGCGGCGGACGUGCUCUACCAGGAGCGCCUCGAGGAGCUCAUGCGCUGCUCCCCGGCCUUCCGCGUGGUGCACUGCCUGUCGGCCGGCGGCGCGCCCGCCGGGCCCAGCCGCGCCACCUGGCGCUCGGGGCUCAUCGGGUGGGACGCGGUGGGCGGUGCGCUGGCCGGGGAGCGGCCGAGGGCAGUGCUCAGCGGACCGCGGGGCCUGUUGCGGGCCUCCCUGGACAUGCUCGUCGGCCAGGGCUGGGGCAGGGACCGGGUGCGGGUCCUGGACGACCUGCCGGAGGAGGCGCUGGGCGGCGGGGAGGCCCUGGGCCUCCCGCAGGUUCCCGACAGAGGCGGCGUGCGGAGGCGCGCAGGGCCCGGCGAGGAGGACCCGGGGGGAGGCGCAGCCGGGCCACUUCCCCGCGGACGGCGAGCGGCCGCCGAGGGCCGAGCUCCUGGCGGGGGCGCUGCUGGCCGGGCCGGGCAGGGCGCUCUGGGGCGCCCUCGGCUCCGUGCUCCUCUGCGCGCCCGUCUGCCGGCGGCGCUGCGGCGGGAAGAGCCUGGAGGACGGGGAGAGCGACGGCGAGUGCGGUGCCGCUCGGCUCGUCUGAGCUCGGCGUAG